UUCACCCUCUUUUCUUACCCUCAACAGGGUCUUUGUGACAAUCUCUUGCUGUGCGUUGUACGAGCCUGGGAUGUCAGCAAACCUUUACUAUUCUGUCCAGCCAUGAAUACACGUAUGUUUGAACAUCCCAUUACCCAGGAACAUAUAACAAAACUAAAAACAUGGGGUUAUCAUGAAGUACCAACAGUAGCGAAAACUUUAAUGUGUGGCGACACGGGUAACGGAGCUAUGGCCGAAGUGGAAACAAUUAUUGAAAAUAUUUUAAGUAAAUUUGAAAAUGUUAAAAAUGUAUAAAUUGUAUUUUAAAAAAAAAUGUGUAAAUAAAAAUUAAAUAUUUAAAUAAAAACAAAAUACUUCAAAAAAAAAAAAUCUUCUAAAAUGGAUACCAAAGUUUGGAAGAUUUUUUAGAAAUGUAAUUUUAAAACAAAUGUAUUAUUAUUAUUAUUAUUAUUAUUAUUAAAUGUAUUUUUAUUGAAUGAUAA